AUGACAGGAAGAGCUAGAGCCAGAGCAAGAGGAAGACCUCGUCAGGAGACGGCUAUUCCUUCAGUAGGAACUUUGCCAAGUCAGCAGUCUGGCCAUCUGCAACCUCAGCAGCCAUGCCUCCUGCCACUGCUAUCAGCAGGAGAGCUUGCUGGCCGUGGGCGACAGAGAGGCCCUGGGGGUGUUCCAAAACCAGAAGAAUUUCAGAUUUCAGCGGGCUUUCAGGAAAUGUCUUUAGGAGAUAGGGGUGGACGUCGUCGAGACUUCCAUGACCUUGGGGUAAAUACUCGGCAAGCCAUAGAACAUGUUCGAGAAUCAAAAACUGGUUCUUCAGGUAUUAUGAUAAGAUUAAAUACGAAUUAUUUUCGUUUGACAUCUCGACCCCAGUGGGUUUUGUAUCAGUAUCAUGUUGACUAUAAUCCUCAAAUGGAAGCACGCCGUCUUCGAUCAGCUUUGCUCUUUCAGCAUGAAGAGUUAAUUGGCAGGACACAUGCAUUUGAUGGAACAGUAUUAUUCUUGCCCAAAAAACUAGGGACUAAGGUUACUGAAGUGUUUAGUAGAACCCGAAAUGGAGAAGAUGUGAAGAUCACAAUCACCUUAACUAAUGAGCUGCCACCUACAUCACCUACAUGUCUGCAAUUUUACAACAUAAUUUUUAGAAGGCUUUUGAAGAUAAUGAAUUUGCAGCAAAUUGGACGUAAUUAUUACAACCCCAAUGACCCAAUCAGCAUCCCUAAUCACAGGUUGAUGGUUUGGCCAGGCUUCACAACUUCUAUUCUCCAGUAUGAAAAAAGCAUUAUGUUGUGUACAGAUGUGAGCCAUAAAGUUCUUCGUAGUGAAACAGUGCUGGAUUUUAUGUACAAUCUGUAUAACCAAGUCGAAGAACAAAGAUUCAGAGAUGUCUGCACUAAAGAACUGAUAGGUCUAAUUGUUCUUACGAAGUACAAUAAUAAAACAUACAGAGUUGAUGACAUUGACUGGGAUGCCAAUCCAAAGUGUACCUUUAUCAAAGCAGAUGGCUCUGAAAUCAGCUACAUAGACUACUAUAAAAUGCAAUAUAAUCAAGAAAUUAGUGACUUGAACCAGCCUGUCUUGGUUAGCCAGCCUAGGAGGAGGAGAGGAAGCAUCAUGCCAGGACCAGCUGUACUAAUUCCAGAGCUGUGCUACCUAACAGGGUUAACUGAGAAGAUGCGUAAUGAUUUUAACAUGAUGAAAGACUUAUCUGUUCAUACACGACUGACACCUGAGCAAAGGCAACGUGAAGUUGGAAGACUUAUUGACUACAUCCAGAAAGAUGACAGUGUUCAGAGGGAACUUCGAGACUGGGGUUUAAGCUUUGAUUCUAACUUGCUAUCCUUUACGGGAAGAGUUGUUCAAGCAGAAAAGAUCCAUCAAGCGGGAAGAGUGUUUGACUACAAUCCUCAUUUUGCUGACUGGUCGAAGGAAACCAGGGGAGCUCCCUUAAUCAAUGCAAAGCCUCUGGACAACUGGUUAUUAAUAUACACACGGCGCAACUAUGAUGUUGCUAAUGCAUUACUUCAAAAUCUGUUUAAAGUCACACCAUCCAUGGGAAUCAGAAUGAACAAGGCAAUUAUGAUUGAAGUAGAUGAUAGAACAGAAGCUUACUUAAGGGUUUUGCAACAAAAUGUUACCUCUGAUACAAACAUAGUAGUUUGUCUUUUGUCUAGUUCCCGAAAGGAUAAGUAUGAUGCUAUCAAGAAAUACUUAUGUACAGAUUGUCCCAUUCCAAGUCAGUGUGUGAUUGCUCGCACUUUAAGCAAACCUCAGAGUAUUAUGGCCAUAGCAACCAAAAUUGCCUUACAGAUGAACUGUAAGAUGGGUGGAGAACUUUGGAGUGUUGAGAUCCCGCUGAAACAGCUAAUGAUUGUGGGAAUUGAUUGUUACCAUGAUACUGUGUCUGGAAAGCGGUCAAUUGCAGGAUUUGUUGCUAGCCUGAAUCAAGGAAUGACACGGUGGUUUUCACGCUGUGUUCUUCAGGAUCGUGGGCAAGAACUUGUGGAUGGGCUCAAAGCCUGCUUACAAACUGCUCUAAGAGACUGGUUCAAGUGGAAUAAGUAUCUGCCUUCUCGUGUUAUGGUGUAUCGUGAUGGUGUAGGAGAUGGGCAACUAAAAACCUUGGUUAAUUAUGAGGUACCUCAACUUUUGGACUGCUUGAAGUCUGUUGGUAAAGACUACAAUCCAAGACUUAGUGUGAUAGUUGUGAAGAAACGAGUCAAUACCAGAUUCUUUGCACAGUCUGGUGGAAGACCUCAAAAUCCACCCCCUGGUACUGUUGUUGAUGUAGAGGUUACUAGACCAGAAUGGUAUGAUUUCUUUAUUGUGAGCCAGGCAGUGAAAAGUGGUAGUGUUGCACCCACUCAUUAUAACGUUGUUUAUGACAGUAGUGGACUGAAACCAGAUCAUGUACAACGUUUAACCUACAAACUUUGCCACAUGUACUAUAAUUGGUCGGGUGUUAUCCGAGUACCUGCUCCUUGCCAGUAUGCCCAUAAACUGGCUUUCCUUGUAGGUCAGAGUAUUCACAGAGAACCAAACUUGUCGCUUUCAGACAGACUGUACUAUCUUUGA